AUGACUCGGUGGGCUGCACGCUGGUCUGCCCUCGCAGCCCAUUCAUUGGUGCCGGCGCCGUCUCGCCCUGUCUCGUCCUAUUCCAGUCUCCAGUCUCCAGUCUCCAGUCUCCCAGUCUCUAGCCUCCAGUCUCCAGUCCAGCAGUCUGAAGCAGCGUCCCAGUCCCAGUCCCAGUCCCAGUCCCAGUCCCAGUCCCAGUCCAGACACUCCAGACAGUGGGCCAUGUCGCAACAGAACGAUGCCAACCCACACCUCCCUCAACCUCAACACCACCAAUCCCAACCCCAACUGCGACUCUCCCCUCAAGACAUCCCCACAACAUCACCCUCAUACGCCUACUCUCCAAACAACGCAUCGCCCGGGUCAGAGCCGACGAGCAGGUCUUUGCGCAAGGCUGCCCCUAGUCCUCUCCAGAUCAGUACAACUGCUACUUCGCCGCCGAGCAGCGUCACUCCAACAAAAACCACUUUUGCUCGAAGCGCCGGCGAUCACUCAUACACAUCUCCUUUAUCACCGAAAGAGCGUCUGGACGACCUCUUGGCCUCCGAGCAGAGCUUCUACAGGUCAAAAGACUCCUCAGUCGAAUCGAGUUCCGAGCGGGAUAGACGCAGCAAUCCUCACGCCUCACACGGUACGAAUGGUCCCUCGCGGAGCGUUUCCGAUCCGGUCAUAGUCUCCAAGCCUUCAGGAGGUCCCCCUCCAGGUGUGCGAACAGCCAUGGCGUCGAGUCCAGCACCCCGUGGCGACAUGGCUCGAGGACCUCUUCCUCGGACGACGUCGAUCGACUCGGCGGUAUCCUCGAUCUCUGGUGGACACUCCAAGUCAGGCUCGCAAGAUUUCCAAGCUGGGUCUCUGGACAUUGCGAAUCUUAUACAGGCAGCUGGGUCCUCGGAAGCCGUGAUUCAAUAUCUGUUGAAGGAGAAGGCGUCGCAGACAUCACAGAAUUCGCAAUUAUGGCGCUUGGUGGACAAACAACGCGCAAUGAUCUUGGGUCUCAACAAGGAUCUCGAGCGAGCACUGAGGGACAAGGAGCGGUACCGGAAGAAGCUGAAGGAGAGUCUGGCACCAAUUUCGAAUCCCUCCCCGGUGGACUCAACCCAGGGAUCGGGGUCAGAAGCCGACUCGAUUGCUUCAGACACGAGAUCAGCAGAGGUGGAGGCGGGUGAUGUGGAAGCCGUCGUCUCUGCCAGGCUGAGAGACCAGCAACCGGACCAGCCACCUUCGCCGAUCGAUGUGGUCUUGGCUUCACAUCCCCUCACCCCUCCUACAUUGAAAAUACAGACGCCAGCGGUGCAGAACAUGGUGGAAGCCGACCACAAGAUGCCACCCCCCACGGAAAAUGCUCUUCAACAAUACAGUCCAGAUGCCCUGGGUCCAGGGUUCGACGCUGGCCCGCAACAGAGAAUGGCAAACGAAGUGGCCAGAGAUGUACCAUAUAGUGCGUCCCUACCACCAUCUAGGAGUAUGGCUUCCGACCCUCCGAGAGGACCACCACCGAGUGUACCGCCGCCAAGGACACCCCCCGCCAGUCAAGGGUUUCCUGUAAAAUCGACUAAAUCGUCCCCGAAUUCAGAUGAUGGUCGGAAAUCGUUUCCAACCCCGCCCAGAAAAGCACCCCCGACGCCUUUGGAUCUGGGUAAGAAGACCGAUACCAGCCCCCUUUUGCGCCAGGCUUCUUCUGGUGCUGGGGAUGAAACAGAUUCUGAUUACGAUGACAUCCUGGACGUCGAUGAACUGCCUGCUUUCACUGAGCGAGGCCGCCGGAAGACGAGAGAGGAAGAUGAUAGGGAACGAGAGAUUGCGUCCGCGAAGGAUGCGGAGAUCAGAAGUCUAUCCAGGGACAGCGGGGAGAGCACGUCGAAGUCCCGGCCAGUGACUCCUAAAAACGGCCCAUUCGCAAAUGUGGCCGACCCAAUGCCCACGAGCACUCGACUGACUGUCCAAAUUUCGCCGCCGGGUGCCCACAGGCGCCACUUGUCUCCUCACGAGUCUAACGCAGGCUCUCUGGCUGGCAUACUAACAAGUCACGAGUCGGUCCUGAUUGCUCCACCAAUGCUCAGCCCUGGGUUGCCUUCGAGUCCACGACCUGUAGAUAGGCCGAUGAACUCUUCAAUCCCUCGAUCCAUGUCUAACCCGUCUUCUACCGUCAACUCCCCCCCAGUGUCUCCUCGAGGAGUGGCCGCGUUCCCAGGCGCGGUUCCCUUGUCACCUAGAGCUCCCAGACAACCGAUUCCACUACCGCCGAGCACGCCAAUGUCGUCGAUUGGAUCUCCAGAAUCGCCGAGAGGCACUCCUCUGGUACUCGUCUCCCCUCAACCUCUGGUGGUCACCAAGAAGAGCGGGAAUCCAAGCCCCCCGGAUCGGCCUGCACCUGUUCAACAAAGUCCGGACUCAAACUCAAUAUACAGAGGAUUGGUUACUGAAGAGUAUCCUGACCUGUUGCUUCCGCCGAAUGCCCUACCUUCAAUUCACGUCAAGGUGGCAUCCUCGCGCCUCAAGCCUUCAAGAGCUAGUAUCAUGUUUCCACGCAAUGUGGAGGAAGACCCAGUCUUUACACUGGCAGUCUUUGCCCGAUCAGAUGGCCGAGAACUGUGGAGGGUGGAGAAGGACUCAUCGUCCCUCGCCAACCUGGAUCAGAGUCUGAAGCAAUCGAAUAAUUUCACUGCCAAGACCCCGGAUCGAUCAUUGUUCACGGGCCAUGCACCUGCGAAGGUAGAUGCGCGCCGAACGGCAUUAGAUAGAUACCUCGAGGAGAUACUGGAUACGCGAAUGGACACGGCACCAGCAUUGCAGAUCUGUAAAUACCUGUCGACAAACACCAUGGCCCCAAAUUCGGACGACAUGAUACCUGGUGGUAACCCCUCCAGCGAAAGCCCGUUAAAGACUGGACCAGGGGGUAGGCCUCUGAAGAACGGUUACUUGACGAAGAGAGGGAAGAAUUUUGGUGGCUGGAAGGCUCGAUACUUCGUCCUGGACGGCCCAGUUUUCAAGUACUAUGAUUCUCCCGGUGGACCUCAUUUGGGUGUGAUCAAGCUGCAGCAUGCUCAGAUUGGCAAGCAGCAACAGCAAGCCGAAAAUACUUCGCCGCCUCGGGCGGACGCUGAAGAUGUCGACAAUCAGUAUCGCCACGCCUUCCUGAUCCUCGAGCCAAAGCGGAAGGACUCGUCCAGUCUUGUCAGACAUGUUCUCUGCGCUGAGAGUGACCAGGAGCGGGAUCAAUGGGUCGAGGCACUCCUGCUCUAUGUUGAUUACAAGGAAGAAGGAGACGAUGACUACGGUCCAACCGUGAAGCAGCAUGAUCGCACGGAGUCGCGCGGGUCGGCACAUAUCAGCGUAAAGCCCAAGAAGAAGAUGUAUGCUGGCCCAGGGAGAAGCCAGACACUUCCAAAUCUCACUGAAGAGGGUCUGCGGGGCGUCGGUUAUGAGAACAUGAAGCAGGGCCAGGCUCCGUCCGGAGCGCGACCGAAGAAUUCGGAGACCCCUUCGCCACCGACGUAUGGAUAUGAGAAGGAUCCCAUGGCCCAGGUUCCGCACUCGCAGUCGAUGAAGACCAUUUCGGCGCCGAAGAACGCGCAAGUCAUCCAGGACACUUCCACUUGGGGCAACAGACCGCAGAACACGCUCGGGCCUGUGUCAGACGUCAAGCAAAAGAAACGUAGCUUCUUCGGGUUCGGAUCGAAGCCUCGGGCCUCGGACGAUGAUAACGGGGCGAACGACUCGAGCAGCAAUCUCUCGCAGCUGAUGUACGAUCAGCAUGGGCCAAUCCGACCUGUGUUUGGCUCUCCUCUCGGGGAGGCGGUGCGAUACAACCACCCAGUCGAUGUUAACAUCGAGCUUCCGGCUGUAGUUUACCGAUGCAUCGAAUACCUCGAUGCCAAGAAUGCUGCGGGAGAGGAAGGUAUCUUUAGGUUGAGCGGAUCCAACGUCCUCAUCAAGCAGUUGAGGGAACGCUUCAAUGUCGAAGGAGAUGUCAACCUCGUCGCGGAAGAUCAAUACUACGACAUCCAUGCUAUCGCUUCGCUGCUCAAGCUGUACCUUCGAGAGCUGCCGAACACGAUCUUGACCAGAGAACUCCAUCUCGACUUCGUCGGCGUCACGGAACUGCGCGCUGUCAAGGAGAAAAUCAGCGCCCUGAGAGGGCUUGUCCACCGACUUCCACGGGCCAACAACGCAUUGCUUCGAUAUCUCGCCAGCUUCUUGAUCAAUAUCAUCAAUAACGCCGACAUCAACAAGAUGACUGUCCGCAACGUGGGUAUCGUCUUCUCUCCCACACUCAAUAUCCCUGCUCCGGUCUUCGCGUUGUUCUUGCAACAAUACGACGGCAUCUUUGGAGACGAAGCCGAUGAUCGCGACGGACCCGUGGAACCCACUGUGACUGCUCCUCUGCCGACUCCAUCCUCCGACCAGCAACCAUUUCCCAAAUCCCAGCCCGGAUUCCCACAGCCUCAGCACUACCAGCAAUCACCACGCCUGAACUACGAUACUGGCCUUACACCUCUCCAGGCUACGUACGAAUCACUCGGGGGCGCCCCAACCAUGGCCGGCCCUGAAUAUGGCAGAACGCCGCAGCAGCCGCAAACUCUCGCCGGGCCAUCCUACGAUCAAUUCGCUAGUAGCUCAGGCUACAGCCGACAGCAACAGCAGUAUGGCUCCGAUUUCCAAGGCAGCAAGUCCAAGAGGCGCGAAAGCAGCAUGUUUGGGAUGAACAUGGGCGGCAUGGGGCUGGGACCGCGGAAGCAGAGCAAUAGCAAGAUGAGAGACGACUUCUCGUAG